GGCAAUACCAAAUGUCCAGUCCAGUGCAUCUGCCUGGAACGCUGCUCAGAUAGAAGAAUGAUUGUUGAUUGCGAAAGGAGGAAUCUUACCGAAGUACCAAGCGUGGUGCCACAGGGUCUGGUGGAGCUUAACCUAGAAGCCAAUGCUAUUCAGAGUGUUCCAGCUUAUCCUUACAUGGUUAAUGUUACCAUAUUAAGACUUACCAAUAACCAAAUUAAGUCACUGACGGCUUCCACAGUGGAGAGACUCGAGAAUAUCGAGAUUUUGCUUAUCGAUGCUAACCAACUGACAACUUUACCGAGGGAAAUCAAGACUCUUAAUUUCACAACGUUAGCAUUGGAUGGAAACUUUUUCAAAUGCGACUGCACAACCAAGUGGAUGAAAGACUGGCUAGUGAAGGAAAGGAAUCGGAUAAAGAACAUUGAAAGAGUUCUUUGUAACUCUGAGCAUGUUCAUGGGCAACCAAUGUACAGUUUACCAGACGACCAGUUCAUCUGCCUUCCUCAGCUUAAAGAAAAGAAUGCAGGAAUCAUAGCCGCGUGUAUUCUCGGUGCGCUCCUAGCCUUAGUAAUGAUUGUCGCUGUCUUAAUAUACAAGUACAAUGGAGAAGUCAAGGUCUUUAUGUUCACCCACUUUAACUGGCACCCGUUUGAUCGUAUAGAUGACUCGGAUCCAAACAAAAUAUACGACGCUUUUGUAUCGUUCAGUGGCAAUGAUGUCGGCUGGGUCGUAAACACAUUACAGAGACGUCUUGAAACACACGAUCCUCCUUACAAACUGUGCAUUCACCACCGCGACUUUGAGCCUGGAGUUCCAAUUGUGGAAAAUAUAUGGAAAAGCCUUGAUCAAAGCAAGCGUAUGCUAGUGGUGCUCUCUUCGAGCUAUGCUACAAGUGAUUGGUGUUUGAUGGAGUUUCGUGCCGCUCAUCGCAAAGUGAUCGAGGAUCGCAUGAAGUACCUGAUUUUGAUACUGUUAGAAGAUGUGGACACCAACCAGUUGGAUAAAGAGAUACAGAAUUACCUGCGCUCUAACACCUAUCUAACGGUGAAAAGCAAGUGGUUCUGGCAAAACCUAUUUUAUGCAAUGCCCUUUCCGACCAGGGAAAUAACAAGCGAAAGGAAUCAGGAGCAUUUCGCCGCUAUAGAAGAAGAACGUGAGAUGGCUUGUAAUACUGGAGACACAGUAGAACUUAGGACAGUGGCUGACAGAGAGCCAAGUUCACGGAGCUUUUUCUCCCGGCUAGCAGCAAUGCGGCGAAAAGAUCAGGGUGUGAUCGGGAUAUCGCUGGAUGAGGAGGAAGAUAUCCAAUGCGUCCAGGAAAAUUCCGAGAGACAAGAUCUGGCAGACAAAGUUAACAAAGAGAUCAAAGUCUCACAUCCAAUCUGCUACGAUACGUAGGACCUGUGUGAACGUUACCACAGUAACACACUUAAGAAAUUCAAUGUGGCUUUGUUGAGAGCCAUCUGUAGUCAUUUUGAGAUCCCUGUAAAAUUGAGUGACAAACUGUCGGACGUGAUUAGUGAUUAGACAAACUUUCGGACGUGAUUAGUGAUUUUCAAUGUGUUUCUCAGUAGACUUAUGUAAACAAUGUCUUAUACGGUGGCUGAAAGUGUAGAAUAUGCUCUACAGAUACAAACUACCUUUACUUCCGAUAUCAAGUUCUGACGGCGUUGUUAUAGCGUAUUAUAUUAUAAUAUCUAGUAGUCAGUGAAAUGUUUUCAUGAAAUCGAUUGAAAAUUUACCAAAAGCAACACUUAUAACAUCUGUUCAUACGAAGCAUGUGUCAAGUUUUUAACACGUUGGUAGCCGAUUUCUCCGGCUAUUGACAGGUUGUUGUUCUGUGGAUACAAUCGACGCGGAACCGAGAGAAGCGAGCUCAGGAUGUUUGAAAUUGAUUUAUUAAUUAUAUGAUAUCAAACUCUAGGUAAAAGCAUUUAUUCUUUUCGUCCAAAUUUUUUCUCUCCAAAUAUUACAUUGGGAUACAAAACAAAACCAUACGGCACAACGUACGGCACAAGCUAUCAGCGGUCUUCUCUUUUGUGCGGACCUUUGUGAGAACAGUAUAACAUCGAACUGGACCUAAAUUUAAGCGAUUAUUUCUUCACUUCAGAAGCCUAAAACCUUCAUUUCUCCCUCAGCUUCCAGACAUGGAGAGUUUAUAUUCUGAUU